AAAUUCGAAUGUAAUGAUUCAUUUGGGAAAACAACUAUCGUCACAAAAAAAACACAACUCAUCCAAUUGCAAGAAUUGAUCCUAGAAUAUACUGAAGAAUCGUGCGUUGAGUCAUUAUUUCAUCUCUCGUGCUAAACCUCGCCGUGAACAAAACCAAACAAAACGACACGGAUUUGAAUUCCAUUCCAUAUAUUGGACAAGCUGCAGUAGGGACGGGAUAGCCUCCUGCCCAGCUGGUGCCGGCGGUGACCUAGCUACAUGGCAAUUAACAUCAUCCAGAAAACCAAGCCCGCUAAUUAAGCUGCACAGUUUUUCAUUUGGGACUUUAAACGUGUUGUUCCGACAGUGUAGGCAACCUACUGGAUAGCAGGAACCAGCCGAGACACGGCUCCUCUUCAUCCCUCCUUUAACUGCCCCAGUCCGCUGUGUUAUUUGUGCAUGGAUUGAUUCACUUGAGGCUCAGUCGGAAUCUGCAAUGAUUUGCUCAGACUAGAGAAAGACGCGAGCCGACCGUGUUGAAGCCUAAAAGGAUGUACAGAUAGGACGGAGUUUGUUUGUGUGGAACCCGGACCCGCAUGCUGCUGUUCAGCCGUAGUCUUUUAGCCAGAUCAGACUAGGCCAACAGUAUCUCCUUUAUUAUUGAGUUACCUGCACAGUCGGGUAUUGAGUUUAGUUACCUGCACCGCUGGGCCAAAUGGAAACAUGAGUGAAACACAGUGAGGUGACGUCUCCGUCUUGGGGCCGUGGCAGCCCGGGCACAGACCAAGAUCUGUGUUGUGAAUGUGACAUCCAGCUUCAGCGGAGUAAUUAUUACCUCCGCCUCCUACGUUCAAAGGGGAAUAAAAAAUUGUUGUGUCCGCAGCCUCACCUUAUUGGUCGCUGUAGCUGUCUGUCAUAAUCUAGGUCUGUCCCAGCAGUGACGUUAGACGAGGCUACCACGAACACAAAGACAACAACAGAGACGGACGGAGGAAAAGGAAAGCUUUAGUGAUCGCUGCUGCUGGAUACCUGACAACAUCACUCCUUGACCAUUACACAAGCACACUAGAAAGAGGACAACCGUUUCAUGAUAUGAAAAACAUUACCAUCAAGCACACAAGUCAAUAUAUGUCAAGAUUCGCUCUGAGCAGAUUCGUUUCAGGUGGUGUAGUUUCCUCGUGGUUGCUGUGUGGAGCCUGCCGCCACACACCCACUCCUCAACAACGACGGCUUUUGCUUGCAUCUUCCAGUGCUUCUUCUGUCAGCAAGUUCAGCAGAGCUGCUGCUCGUCCGCCGCUAGCCCGGACGCCGCAGCCCCCGGCACAUCAGCCAAUCACAGCCCAGAGCCCCGCCCAUGUGACAUGGUGAAGAUGACCAAGUCGAAGACGUUUCAGGCCUACCUGCCCUCGUGUCAUCGCACCUACAGCUGUAUACACUGUCGGGCACACCUGGCUAACCACGACGAACUCAUCUCUAAGUCAUUCCAAGGAAGCCAGGGGAGAGCCUACCUCUUUAACUCUGUUGUGAACGUGGGCUGUGGGCCGGCCGAGGAGCGGGUUCUCCUAACAGGUUUACAUGCCGUCGCUGACAUCUACUGUGAAAACUGUAAAACCACUCUGGGAUGGAAAUACGAACAUGCAUUUGAGAGCAGUCAGAAGUACAAGGAGGGGAAGUUCAUCAUCGAGCUGGCUCACAUGAUUAAAGACAACGGCUGGGAGUGACAUCACUUCCUGUCUCCGGCCCUUUAAUGACCUCUGACCUAUCAGAGCUCUGGAUCUAUCAGACUUCACAGAGCGACAACCAAUCACCAUCAACCACCCACCGUGCCGCCCACUCCGAAACACACACAAAAACACACCCACACACACACAGUCCCUGCUGGUUGUGAAACUGAACAUGAUGCUGUUGAACUGGAGAGAUGACAAGCCUAUUGGGGGAUGGACCUUCUGUGAAGACCAUGUGAUCUCACCAGCCAAUGACAGACAGCUGGACUUGAAUUGGCUCCUCCUUCAUCAACCAGGCCCCACCCACCUCACUGGCAUUGGCACUUAGUUACACGGCUGCCAUGGCAAUGUGAGAGAGAGGAUAACAUGAUAACGUUCUACUACCCUCUUCCUCCUCUGACCCGGGAGGAAGAGGAGGUGUUGCAGGAGGAAAGGGGAUAGGGUGGCACA